UUUUUUUUUUAAAGCGUCCUAUGGAUGUGAUUCUGGUCCGAAAUGCCGUGACUGCUCGCGUUGCUUAGUGUGUACAGUGCUGGGAUUAUUACCCCCCACCCCACGGGGUAUUUGGUAACCAAUGCUUCAAAUCCAGCUUUGGCUGCGUUUUGUUUGUUUAUCUGGAUCGUUUGAUGUGAUGUCGGCCGCUCGCGCUCCGUUUCCUGAAAUCACGUCCGACAAAAUGUAGCUCCGGGUUGUUUGCUGUGGUGGCUUUGUCUGUAAAAGGUGUUGCUGUCUGAACGAUGCGCGAAAGAUGUCCGACGUUGAGAGCACAUAUGCGGACUUYAUCGCCUCUGGUAGGACGGGCCGCCGGAACGCCCUGCACGACAUCCUGCAGAGUCCCACCGACCCUGACGGGCGAGAGCUGCCCCUCACCCUGUCUCUGUCCCAGCUACACAUCAACGCUGGAGGAGGCGGUAAAUUAAUCCACUAUGACAGCCACAGCUCCUCCGCCUCGGCCCAGCGAGACGCAGCGCAGAGGAACAGUUAAGCUCCCACGUCCCUGCUCCACCAGACGGCGCGCUGCRGGACGGAUUGAAGACUCCGUCACAGUGGACCUGUUCGCGCGAAGCGGCCCGGCGGCUGGAGGCUAGGACCAUCGCCGGGGAUACGCCUUCAAAGCAGAGCUUUCGCCCCUGCUGAGGCGUCGAGAUGCGAUCACUCGGUGCUUCUUGCGAAGUGGAACGACUGAUGCUUUUCAGAGUCGGGAGUACACAAGCGGUAGUUUCUUUUUUUUUUUUUUUACUUUUCAAACAAAUUUUGCUUUCAGUCUUUGUGGUCCAACACACACACAGUCUGAAGGACUGAAAGGAGGGAGAAAAUGGCGCUCUGCAAUAGUCCGAGCAGUUUGUAGGAUCACUGAGACAUGCUGGUAUAAUGGGUCACAGUGGGAGUAGCAUGAUUGUAGAAGCAGUGGUGCCGAUAGAGGCUGUAUAUUGCCAGGUAAUGGUUUGUGCUUCCUUUGAGCCGACGUUAAAGCAGAGAGACAUGGACUCAGCUGUAGCCGAACUGAAACACGGAGCUUUGGAAGUUCGAUUCAUGCCGAAUUGUUGAAUUGUUUCCACAGAGAAUAAGAYGUUCCAGAAGAAGGGUGACGUGACGCGUCCUUUAAAAUGGRUCUUUAUUUUUUACACRUUUACAGUAAUAAUGCAAGUAUUAUCACAGCCUUACAUGAGUAGUUUGUCAGGUUCGGAAAUGCGUUUAUUCAGUUUUGCGCUGCGUUAGAGAAGAAGAAAAGUCAAAUUUUGGAGAAGAAUCAAGCUCAUCGGUUCACAAAAGCAUCAAAACCCCACUGCUUUCACAUUUGCUUGAAGAUAAUAUAUCUGGAUACAGGUGUCAGGUCAAGGGUCAGUCUCAUUUAAUAAAAAAAAAUAAAAAAAAAAUCAGGAAAAAAGUAAUACAAUAAUAAAGAAAGACUUUUUCACUAUUUAUCCUAUCAACCAAAAAAAAAAGCUUUUUUUUUUCUUUUUUUUUGUGCAAAAAUACUCCUAGUCACACAUACACUUUCAACUUCUGAAAAACUAAUAAGGCCGCUGCUCCUGUGUUACUGAACCGAAAUGAGACUCAGGGAAGUCAUUUUGUGUGCUAAAAACAUCGUAAUGCAUAAAAAGGGCUAAUCUGUGACCUUUUAGGUGCUGACGGAAAGUUGAUUAUGCAACUAUCUGUGGUUGUGGCUUCGCUUUUCAAUGCGUUAAUUUGGUUAAAUAACUUAUUGAUAUUCUUAGUUCACAAAACCAAAAACCGCUUAUUAAAAGAGACAAGAAUGCCACUGUGGGGUGUAGAUUGUGCUUCAGACCAUACAUGGAUUAUUAGAGAAUUAUUUUUGCUUAUGUAUACCACACUUGUAUGUAACCCAUUAAAUCAGAGUGGGGUCAGUUCUUCUUUUAGAGUUCAAUGCCGACCGACUUCCGUUUCAACCCAAGGAGUCGCCAUCUGCUGGCAGUAAGGAAGAAUGCACUUUCAGACCCGUCUGUAGUACUGCCUUGUUAAAUUGUUAAACGUUACCACUGUGUUCCUCUUUCUUCCUUUGAGGCCUUUCUUUGAGUUUUUUUUUUUGUCUUGUUUUUUUUCUCUAUUGAUUUGCACAAUAAAAGUUGCAUAUACCCAAACAGCGGCUAUAAAAAGAAACACUUCCUUAUCCUGAAAAGGUAAUAAAACACGAUGUGAUUUUUCUUCUGA